UAUAAACCACCACUUGUAUCGCGCUAAGCGAUAUGCGACCUGGCGUUUAAUUUCAUACGGGCUGUCGAUGUUUAAUAACCAAGUGUAUUGAAAACAAGAUAAUUACUUAUUCAAAUAAAUAAAUUGAAAGGGUACGCUUUUCGCUGUCGCUUUUACGUGGGAUUAAUAUAGACGGCGUUUUUUUCUUUCACAUACUUUUAAUUUCAAAAAGUGUCGCGACUUGUCAGUUUACUAUUCAAAGAUUCCAACUAUUAAGAGGAAUUUAUUUCACACGAGUGUUGUAUGUACUGAAAGUAUAUACAUUUCGCAUUAACAUUCGAGACAUUGAUUUCACUGUAUUGGAUUUGUACGUGUCAUUUAAGCAUUUCGAGCCCGUCUUAUUCGAAAUCUAAAAUUGAAUGAAAAAACAACAAUUAUUGAAGGCGGAAAAAUAAGUGCUUAUACAAUGGACGUAUCAAAACAAUCAUAUUACUGAAAAAGGUGUUUCGCAUUAUUUGAAAGUUCCUACCAGCAGUAUGAUUCCAUCGAGUAAACGAACGUAUACUCGGAAACUAGGCUCCUAUGUUCCGGAAAGUCGUGUUGAACUGCAUGCGGAAAAGGCCUUGUUCCGAAAUCAGACGCAACUCCUUCGAGACUUGUGCGAUCGUCAAACGAAAUUCAGCAGGCGUCAUCCAUUUCAGUUCCCAAGCGAGGGUUCGUUUAAUCCUAUCAUUCAGUCGAUUUUAAAACGGUCAGGCGCUCUUCAGCAAAUGAGGCAGCAUGAAGAAAGUCACGUGACAGUUGAUGCUAAAAAUAACAUUUCUCCGGAAGUAAGAUGGUUGCUUACGCGGAGUGCCCGUAUGCAAAGAGUAAACAACGCGGGAUAUUCAACGUUCCAAAAUAAGAUCAAAGACAAGGUAGUGUCAGCAGAUGGGAGAAAACGUGAGUUUAGCUUGCAAAGACAGCGAUCUAUGUGUUUGCGAACCGAACGAUCGGACACACCACUGUCACAAAGACUUCAGUGUGAUGUACUAGGACCGAAAUUUUGCACUGACUGCACGGAAAUUGACCAAAAGAAGGCUGUUCUUAGAAAACAGCAAGCACGUUUUCCACGAAUCGAAGUCCACACGCGUUCACUAGUGGCACCAGAAAAGGUGGAGAAAAUUUUUCUUUCUCAUCCAAAUGAAAUGUUUCAUCAACAAAAGAGAUAUGCCUGCGGCUGUACAUAUGAUCCAAAACUAGAAAUAACCACUCCCCUUGUUUACACGCCGCAUGAAGUGUUUCAGCGAAUACGCAGACGAAAGCAACUUCUUUAUGGUGACUUAAUGGACGACACAUUCAAGACAAGCUCAAACAAUUAUGACGGUACGAACAGUAUUCCCAGAAAACCGACGUAUUAUCAAGAAAAGACUGAACCACCAAUGGACAUGACCGUUUCUGUAAAGUUUGUCAAUGAAGGAUCAGUUAACACAAUGUAGAAAAAAUAAGCAAUAUCAAUUCCAUGUUUCAAAACUGAUGGAUUAUUUUUGUACAUGGGGUUUUGUUAUUGUACAUAAACAGCUUAUCAAAAGUGGGAGUUAUGAUGAAGACCUGACAGUUCGAAUAACAUUUCAUUCACAUUGGAACACGUUUCGCCAUUGCAGCCUCCGUAGCUUCGUAGUCGGAUAACCAGAAGCAUAAAGUGGAACCAUUAAUUGUUUCUCGAGUUUCUUGAGGAUCGUUUCGGAGUUUCCAAAGUCUUCAAACGCUUGUACACAUUGUGCAUGGCAUAGUUAUAAAACAACCUACAAGCUUAUCCUCUGGUGAAUUAAAACUUCAAGAACAAACCUAUUUAUAUAUUACCUUUGAUCCUAUCCGAAACCUUUAAGACGUAUUCGCUGUGUUAUAGCUGCUAUUGGGACAUAUUCCCACUAAAUCAUGCUUUUACCAAAUGUCACCCCAAACGGUUUGUGCUUUGUUGUUUAAAAUAUGUGGGGAACUUCCGAUCAUUGUAAACUCCUGAAACUGUACUAAAAGGCCAUUUAAACCAUCAAAGUAAGUGUUAAACCAUUGUUUAAAUGGUCGACUUGAGACCCGAUGCUUAAAUGUUUCAAGCAAAACUACAGUGAGUGGAAAACUUAGAAAUAAUACAAGCAUCCGUGAAAAGGCAUGCAAAUCGCCCAUCAAGACGACUUCUUGUUGUUAUGCUAAGUUUGGAAAGAAUAGACAGUGUUUGUUAAAGUUCGCUUUGAAUUGGGCCUGUGAAUAAAGGGGUAUGAAGCUUACCGUUGUAUUACAUGUACAGUAUUUUUUGCAAAUAUCAUUUCGACUAGUUAUGUAUAAAAUAAUUAUAUCAAGUUAAAAUUAAACAAUACAUGUAUUAUUAACAGACUAUAAAUGUAAAAAUGCAUGUUACAUAUUUUUAUAGAUUAUUUUAUGAGAUUUAUAAGAAAAAUAAAGCUGGCAACAAGUU